UUUGAUGAUACUGGAGUCAUUUUACCUGGAUGCAUUUGGUUUCUAUGAAUAAGACCUGUUUGGUAGCUGAAAUGGGUGAUGUACGUUGUCAAGCCCGUGGUUGGUGACGAGGACAAAAGGCUACAAAUCGCGAAUUUGACGAAAUCGUGAGAAGGGCUAAAAUUUCCUUUUCCUAUAGCGAUUUAUUGACCUACAAUUCAGUAUGAGUAAUCCUAGUAGCGUGAACCCAUGUGUUACAGUGACGACGGUCGGCAGUAAUGCCAUAGCUGCAGGCAGCAGCGAAGGCACACGGGACGGAGUGGAGGAGACGGCCAAGGAAUCGGCUGACAUUAACGCGUUCUACAGAUCUGGACUUCAAAGAAAUGAUGGUCUGAAAGCUGUGGAAGUAUUGCCUAUUUUAAAAGAAAAAGUUGCAUACCUGUCUGGAGGCAGAGAUAAACGAGGGGGCCCAAUUUUAACCUUUCCAUCACGAACCAAUCAUGACAGAAUAAGGCAAGAGGAUCUCAGAAGACUUAUAUCAUACCUGGCUUGCAUACCUAG